AUGUCAAGCUAUUUUUGUGAGUAAGACUUCAAAGAUUUUACAUCUCCAAGGUUCAUUUUGGAUGGAGCUACUCCACAUGUUGAUCCAAAACUUGGAUCAAAUUCAGAUGUUUAAUUCCAAUCAGAAAUCAGUAACAUGGAAAGUAUGAGAUCACUAAAAUAGGAGACAACCCUUAAUAAAAACAAAUUAAUGAAAAAGAAUUCCCAAAUUUUAUCUAUAAAGUUUGAUAAAUUGCAAAACACUCAUAGUUAAUUUCAAAUCGAGAAUAAAGAAGAUGAUGGGUUAUAAUUAAAGCAAGUCUUGGGCAAAUAAAUGUUACUCAAAUUUAAAGACAGAUUGCUAUCUAAUGCUCAUCUUCUAACAAAGCAAAUGAUGGAAGAAAAAAAGAAUUUACUUAAUUAUUUAUUUUUAGAUGAUGCAUUAUUAGAAGGGAAAAGAACUAAGAAGAAAUAAACUUUUAGUAAACUUGAAUAAUGUUUUACAUUCCCUGUUUUUUUACCCUAAGAUAGAUUUGUUAAAGUCUGGAGUUUAUUUAGUAUUUUAUGUAGUUUUUUUAUUUUGUGGCUAUCACCCUUUAUUGCCUCAUUUUAAUUAUAAUAAAGCCAAGAAAUUUAAAGGAUUACUGAAAUAGUCUUUCUGUAUUUAUUGAUUGAUGGGCUGGUUGCAAACAACAAAGCAAUUUUAGUGCAAGGAGAACUAAUUGUAAGCAGGAAAAGAAUCAUCCAAAAUUAUCUUAGAUUUCAAAUAGUUAAUGAUUUAGUUAAUUUUAUUAUCUGGCUAAUAAUGUAUUAAGGAAUAGAGAAUAUUCAGAUUGCUUAAGCUUUGUCAAUUAUUUAAAUUAUCAUUAUAAUAUUCACAGUUUACAAUAAGAUUAACAAUUUUGUUGAUUGUCUUUACUUAAAUGGAAGAUUAAGUGAAAUUUUAGAUUUGAUUUUCUUAAUCAUCUCAUUAUAUUAUUUUAUUCAUAUUAUCGGAUGCCUUUGGCAUUACUUAGCUCUUGUGUGUGAAUAAUUGAAUUAGUAAUCUUGGUUAAGUAAAUAUUCUCUAGAGAAUCAAUCCUACUGGGUAAAAUAUGAUUAUGCAAUAUAUUGGGCCACAAUGACUAUGGUAACAGUUGGAUACGGAGAUAUCACAGCUUCAAAUCCUAUUGAGAUCUUAUUUUCUAAUUUCACAAUGUUCGUCAGUAGUUUUGUAUUUGCAUAUUCUGUGAAUUCAAUUGGAAUGAUAAUUAAGAACUUUUACGAUCAGAAAAAUUAAUACAAAAGAUAAUUGAUACUCAUCAAUACGUUUAUGAAGAACAAUUUAGUGGAUGACUCAAUCUAGAAUAGAGUAAGGAAUUAUCUUAAAAAUUAAGUUGAUCAAGAAGGCAAAAGUAACAAAAUAGAAGCUCAAUAGAUAUUAGAGAAAUUGCCAACAGGGUUGAAGAAUGAGGUCAAUUUUAAUAUCAAAGCUCGGAUAAUCAAGAACGUGAAAAUAUUAUUUAAUAACUUCUCUAAGCCUACUUUAAAUUAAGUGACAUAAUAAAUUGAAUAAAUAAAUUGUAUACCUAAUGAUAUAAUUUACAAUCCAGAGGAGAGACACAAAGAUUUUCAUAUUUAUUAUAUAGACUCAGGCCAGGUCAAAUUAGUUGAAAUAAGAACUAAGAAAAUUGUUCAGACUUACAAUGAAGGAUAGACAUUUGGAGAAUACCAAUUUAUGAGUGGAUUUGAUUCAAAAUUUAUGAUCGUCAGUUCUCAAUUUACAUAACUCUACAAAAUUUCAAGACAAGAUUUCAUGAAAGUUCUAUAAAAUAAUCAAAAGGAUAAAGAACUAUUUCAAUAAAUUAAGGAUCAUCUAAUUUACUUAUCUGACUAUAGUUUAAUUGGUAAGAAGUGCAGUUUAUGCAACAAAGCCGAUCAUAUGAAUAGCGAUUGCUUCCUUAUCUCUUAUAAACCAAAUUUAGAAACAUUAAUAAAACGAGAGGGGUUCACUUUGUAAUAACGAUCUCUUAUAAGAAGAAAUGAUAGACAAAAACUCAAGGUUCUUAGCUCAAUCAAUGGUAUUAUGAAUACAGUUGUGCAAUUUUAGCAAUAGGAAUUGAUAUCAAAUUAAAAUGAAACUCAAACAGUAAUAAGUGGCACCAAAAGGUUUAAAGAUUCAACUACUAGAAGAUAAAGUGAUUUAAAAAUGGAAGUUCAUGAAGGUUCUUCAUUGAGUGAUUAAUCACCUGAUAUUAGAUAGGAAAGAAUCCAAGAUACAAAUACUGUCGCAUAAUAAAAAUUGAAUUCAAGAAGACAAUCUCACAUCUUAACUGGUAAAUUUGUAACAUCACUUUAAUCAAAUAAGCACAUUGAAUAUAAGGAUAAGAGGAAAAUAUCUAUUGGGUAUUAGAGAGAAUCUAGUUAUAUUAAUCCAGAUGGCCAAAGUACUUAACUGAUUCAGUAAAAGUCAUUAAAGUAAGGUCUAUCCUCAAAUAUCAUUAUUGAAAUAGAUGAUCAUAAUAAGCAUAUUAGUAAGUCUUUAAACUUAGAUAUUGAUAAAAUUUAUUAAUUUUAAAAUUACAUGCCUUAAAGCAAUGUUUCAAGCAUUAUUUUAAGUUUGAAUAAAUAAAAAUCUAAGAUUUCUUCAAUCUAUGCUAGUAAUUUAAAAAAGGCAUUCAAAUUCACUUUUUAUUACAAAGUAGCUAAAUUAGCAUGUGGUAUGAGAUUAAUUAUGUCUUCCACCUCGAGAAGACAUUUGAAACCAACUGGGGUUAAGAAAAAUAAAGAAUAAUUUUAAUAAUGA